UCAAGUAUCACUAUAACACUAGGACUUAUCCGCUCUGGGAAGUUUGCAGAACCUUACAGCCAGUCUGCGCCAUCAGGACGCUCACUUCUUUUCGGCUUUUUCUGAGGUGUAAACUCUUCCGUCAACAAUGUCUGACACAGAAGUUGAUCAGGUGGAGGCCGGCGAUGAAGUAGUGGAGGUAGAAGUAGCGCCCGAGGCGGCUCCAGAGGCCGAGGCCGAGCCUGAGCCUGAGCCAGAGCCUGAGGCCGAGCCUGAGCCUGAGCCAGAGCCAGAGCCAGAGCCAGAGCCUGAGGUAGAACCAGAGCCUGAGCCUGAACCCGAACCUGAGCCUGAGCCUGAGGUAGAGGAAGAGGCCUAUGAAGAGGAAGUCGAGGAGGGAGAACAAGAUGAUGACAAGCCAAAGUUCAAACCCAGUGCCCCCAAAAUCCCAGACGGUGACAAAGUGGACUUUGAUGACAUCCAGAAGAAGCGUCAGAACAAGGACCUCAUUGAGCUGCAGGCCCUGAUCGACAACCACUUUGAAGCCAGGAAGAAGGAGGAGGAGGAGCUCAUCGCCCUCAAAGAAAGAAUCGAGAAACGUAGGGCCGAGAGGUCAGAGCAGCAGAGGGUUCGUGCUGAGAAGGACAAGGAACGUCAGGCCAGACGUGAGGAGGAGAGGCUGAGGAGGCAGGAGUUAGACGACAAGAAGAAGGCAGAUGAGGAUGCCAAGAAGAAGUCCGCCCUGUCCAGCAUGGGCUCCAACUACAGCAGCCAUCUGCAGAAGGCUGAUCAGAAGAGAGGCAAGAAGCAGACCGAGAGAGAGAAGAAGAAGAAGAUCCUGGCUGACAGGCGCAAGCCACUCAACAUCGACCAUCUGGCCGAGGACAAACUCAAAGAGAAGGCCAAGGAGCUGUGGGACUGGAUGUACCAACUGGAGUCUGAGAAGUUCGACCACAUGGAGAAACUGAAGAAGCAGAAGUAUGAGGUCAUCUCUCUGCGAAAUCGCAUUGAUGAGCUGCAGAAACACAGCAAGAAGGGAGCCGCCUCCCGCCGCAGAAAGUAAGCAGCCAGCUGAGGAGGACGCGGCGCUGGCACGUGACCGCCGCCCUGCCAGCCACAGCAGCCACUGCCCUGUCCGCCCGCCGCCCCCCAUAGCUGCCCACCACGCACCCAGACCCAUAGCACAGAAAGCACAGGCAUCAGAGGGCUCGCCAUCCUUUUCGUGUUGUGUGAGAUCCUUCCUUAAGGCCCAGAUCUGGCACAUUACUAGAUGUAGUUGCCUUUGGUUCGCCUUCUCCCCACAGGACUGCUGUUAGGUUCUCAAGAUUAUUAUUCUUUUUGUUUUGUAAAUAACGUUUGACUCUACAGCUAUGUCUGUUGCCCCGUUACUGUUCGCAGUUCAAUAAACUCCUUCUUCCUAAAA